AGGGAGGGAUUAAAGCAUCGCCAUCCUACAGCCUUUCUGUCCGCUCCCAGACUUCAAACUGUCACGCCUACUGAGCCUUCACAGACCUGCUGGAGCGAAAAAAAGAUGACUUGUUCCACGACUUCUUAUCUGGAGCGGCACAGCCUGCCAGUUUCCUGAACCGAAAUCGAAAGGCGCCCACAGGGAAGUUUUGAUUUGCAGUUUAGGUCCGUACCUGCGCCAGCAGGUGAGGAGAAGUCUGUCCGUCAGUCCGACAGAAACCGCCGGGACCCUCAGGGAGGCCGAGUCCGCUGGCCGGCUGUCUGAGCUGAGGAAGGUCUGGGUUUCUGGAGGUCAGAUAUUAGUCCCGGUUAUGAGCGCGCGCUCCCUGGCGCCCCGACGCUGACGAGGCUGCGAGAUGCGGGCGCACGUGCUCCUCCUGCUUCUCCUCAGGUUCUCACAGCCCGCCGCUGCUCAGACUCAGGAAGUUUGCCUAGGUACCUCAAAUGGACUGAGCUCUACGAGGGAUCCUGCUCAGCAUUACAAUAACCUGAACGAACGCUACAACAACUGUGAAAUCGUCAUAGGCAAUCUGGAAAUCACUCAGAUGGAGCGAGACUUUGACUUCUCUUUCCUAGGACGUAUCCGGGAGGUGACAGGCUACGUCCUCAUCGCCACAAACCAGUUCAGCCAGCUGCCACUGGGGCAGCUCCAGGUCAUCCGUGGCAGCACCCUUUACGAAAACACCUGGGCCCUGUCCAUCUUCCUCAACUAUGAGGGUCAAUACGGCCUGGAGGGCCUGGGCUUCACUCAUCUUACAGAGAUCCUGAUAGGAGGAGUACAGAUUGUGAAAAAUAAGCAUUUGAGCUAUGCACCCUGGAUCAAUUGGCAAGAUAUUGUGAGAGACAGCAAUGCCCGCAUUGAGAUCACUGACAAUGGCAAAAAAGGGCCAUGUCAUCCUGACUGUAAAAGCUACUGCUGGGGACCAAAUAAGGAUCAGUGUCAGAACCUGACAAAGACAGUGUGUGCACCGCAGUGCCAUGGCCGGUGUUUUGGGACCAGUCCUCUAGACUGUUGUGACACAGAGUGUGCAGGAGGCUGUACAGGACCUCUAGAAACUGACUGCUUUGCGUGUCGACACGUGAAUCAUUUGGGAGCAUGCGUGCCUCACUGUCCCCAGCCGCUCAUCUACAACAAGCAGACGUUUCAGCUGGAGCCCAACCCGGAUGCCAUGUACCAAUAUGGAUCAGUGUGCGUGGCUAAGUGCCCUGCUCACUUUGUGGUGGAUGGAAGUGCGUGUGUGAGUAGUUGCCCACCUGAUAAAAUGGAGGUCGAGAGGAAUGACAUUAAGCAGUGUGAGCCAUGCAACGGUCUCUGCCCAAAAGUGUGUGAUGGUACAGGUGCCCCUGACAGACAGACUGUGGAUUCUAGUAAUAUUGACAGUUUCAUUAACUGUACUAAGAUCCAGGGCAGUCUACACUUUCUUGUAAUGGGCAUUAAAGGGGAUUCCUAUAAUAAAAUACCGCCUCUGGAUCCCCAGAAACUCAAAGUCUUCAGCACUGUAAGAGAAAUAACAGGCAUUUUAAAUAUUCAAUCUUGGCCAGCAGAGCUCAAUGAUCUAUCAUUUUUCUCUAACCUCACCACUAUACGUGGAAGAUCACUCCACCCCACUAAGAGGCCAUUCUCUCUGCUGGUGAUGAAGGUGGACUCUCUCACAUCUCUGGGUCUGCGUUCUCUGAGGGAGAUUAAUGAUGGCAGUGUGUAUAUCAGUAAUAACACUAAUCUGUGUUAUCAUCACACCGUGGACUGGUUGAAGAUUUUUACUACCCCACGGCGCCAGCGCAGGCUUGCCUACAAUGAUAUCAAGUUCAAUAAACCCUGGAGCCAGUGUGAGGCGGAAGGUGAUGUGUGUGACCCGCUAUGUUCGGAUGCAGGAUGCUGGGGCCCAGGACCUGAACAGUGUUUGUCCUGCAAGAACCACAGUCGUCAUGGCACUUGUGUGGCCCAUUGUAACAUCUACUCAGGGGAGACACGGGAGUUUGAAAGGAAGGGGGGUGAAUGCCGUGCCUGUCAUUCUGAGUGUCUACCACAGGAGGGGAAAGCUACCUGCAGAGGAGAAGGAGCAGAUAAAUGUGUGGCGUGCUCUAACCUGAUGGAUGGCCCUUACUGUGUGUCCUCCUGUCCUAAUGGAGUGGAUGGAGAGCGGGGCCAGGCUAUCUUUAAGUACCCCAAUGCUAAAGGACAAUGUGAGCCCUGCCACAUCAACUGCACAAGAGGAUGCACUGGCCCAACUCUAAGAGACUGUGUGAACCCCAACAGAGUAGCAGACAGUCCUCAUAUUGCAGCCAUAGUGAGUGGAGUGCUGGCUGGUUUAAUCCUGUGUCUGGCACUGGUGCUGUUCUCGCUGCUGUACCACAGAGGCCUUGCCAUCCGCCGCAAGCGAGUGCUCAGGAGGUACCUGGAGAGCGGGGAGUGUAUUGAGCCACUGGAUCCAGGUGAGAAGGGGACAAAGGUUCACGCUCGAAUUCUCAGACCUUCCGAGCUGCGCAAGGGAAAACUUCUGGGAUCUGGAGUCUUUGGCACUGUCCACAAGGGUUCUUGGAUUCCUGAAGGGGACUCUGUGAAGAUCCCUGUUGCUAUAAAGACCAUCCAAGACCGCAGCGGGCGCCAGACCUUCACUGAGAUUACUGAUCACAUGUUGUUCAUGGGCAGUUUGGAUCAUCCAUAUAUAGUGCGUCUACUGGGAAUCAGUCCUGGGCCCAGUCUGCAGCUGGUAACUCAACUCAGCACUCAGGGCUCCCUGCUGCAACACCUCCGCCAAAAUGCACACAACCUGGAUCCCCAGCGCCUCCUCAACUGGUGUGUGCAGAUAGCCAAGGGUAUGUACUAUUUAGAAGAGCACCGCAUGGUCCAUAGGAAUCUAGCUGCUCGGAACGUCCUGCUGAAAAGUGACUACAUGGUGCAGAUCUCUGACUUCGGCGUUGCAGAUCUGCUGUACCCAGAUGAUAAGAAAUAUGUCUAUAGUGAACACAAGACUCCAAUAAAAUGGAUGGCAUUAGAGAGUAUCCUGUUCAGGAGAUACACUCAUCAGAGUGAUGUCUGGAGUUAUGGAGUGACAGUAUGGGAGAUGAUGUCGUAUGGAGCAGAGCCCUAUGCAGCCAUGCAUCCCCAUGAUGUGCCAAGUCUGCUGGAGAAAGGAGAACGACUAGCUCAGCCGCAGAUCUGCACCAUUGACGUCUAUAUGGUCAUGGUCAAGUGCUGGAUGAUUGAUGAAAACAUUAGGCCUACCUUUAAAGAGUUGGCAAACGAGUUUACCAGAAUGGCAAGGGAUCCUCCCCGUUACCUUGUUGUCAAGAACGAUCGAAAUAGCACUUCAGCAGAUGAAAUCCAUUCACGAGAGCCCAAAACGGCGGAGGCCAACCUGGACAGCGAUGAUGAUGAAGUACUGAAUGAUGGGUUUGCCACUCCUCCGCUCCACCUGUCACCAUCAAGGAGCCACUCCCGACUGCGAAUUGGCUCCUAUAGGAGUGGCUCGGGCCAGUCUGUACCAGUGGGAUAUCUGCCCAUGACCCCAAGCCCUGGGGAUGACUCCAGACAGCUGUGGUCCCAAAGGAAACGCCUGGGUUCAGGGAGAACCACAUCUGAAAGCUCAGAGGGCAGGGGCACCAUAGUGGACGUGGACAUCAUCUCUCAAACAGGCAGCAUGCGCAGGGGGUACAGUCGAGGAGACAGUGCCUACACGUCCAACUGUGUGUCUGUAGCAUCUGACCCCUUCUCACCAGGGCUGCAGGUGGCUGAGGAGGACCCUGAUGGAUAUGUUCUGCCCAGAAGUGUCCACAGCUCAGAAAGAGAUGGUCUGGUGGCUCGAUCUAGUUCCAGAUCUAGCCUUCCACGUAGCAGAGCAUCGAGGAACACCAGGAGUCAACUGCUGCCCUUAACUCCAGUCCCAGACCCCCCACAGGAGUAUGAGCUGAUGACCAAACAGCCCACUGUGCUUCCUCACUUACUCAGAGACAGCACUGACACAUCCACCAUACCAUGGAAGCAAGGUGUCAAUACUGAUCCUAUGACUUGUAGUGACAACCUCUCACCACAAGAGGGUUCUAUACAGACGCAAAAUCCCAGGCAGCGUAUUGACUCUCAUGGUGAAGACCACCUAGAUGUGGUUACUAGCCAGGAAAGACCUGUUCCUGUAGCCAGAGAUGAUGAAGGAGACCAGCCUGAAAAGGAGACCUCUGAAGACACUGCUCAGGAUGGAGUCGCUCAAGAUGAGCGACCACCACAGCAGGCUGUGGUGGAGUAUGAAUACAUGGAUAUAACAACAGAGCCAAAGUCUGUCCAGAGCAGUUCUGAGGAAAGGACAGCAAGCUCAGAUGAGAAAGACAUAAAACCCAGCAGUACUUGCAAGGAAAAGAAAGAGCCCACAGAAGAUGCAGUUUACCAGAACACUUGCAAGCUACCUGCACUGAAGAUGAACUCAACCAAGGAAAUAAGCUUCAAGGCGAAUGAGAACAAUACUGACACCUGUCAGGCAGAUGAGUAUGAGGAUAUGGGUGUGUGCGGGAAUGUUCAUAUGUCAAGAGAUCAGGUGGAGUAUCAGAACAUCCCAGCAAAAGAGAGGAAAUUGUCAGGAGAAGUGGCACAUUCAGCCAAUCUUAGGGCCUUUAGGGGCGCAUGUGCUGGACCAGAUGAGAAAAAUGCCAACACAUCUUUUGACAACCCUGACUACUGGCACAGUAGACUGUUCCACAAACCUGAUGCUGUAUGCACGUAACUCCACAGAUACUGACUGACUGUAGAAAAGCAGUUAAAACAUGGGCAAGGAACUGUAGCAACUGGUUUAUUCACCAGGGUUCUCAGGACAUUUUAAUUCAUGAUCAGUGGUGUCAAGCUGUAUCAACAAUGCAAGCAUUGUUGGGCCCAAGAUUUCCAUGAAUACGAAGACGAAAGAGUCACAAGUGAGGGCCAAUUAAUCGGACCCUGAGCAUGAAGUUCAGUCUUUCUUUUGAAGUUUUUUUACAAACUCAGUGUUUGUAUGUUUUAUAUUUACACUUCAUAUUCUUGGAAAGUAUGAAUAUUUUCUGUAUUCUAUAUACUUUGUGAAUGUGUCAAUAAAAUAUUACAUUUGUAUAGUGUUUUUGAACCUCAAAUGUCGUAUAUUAGUUUUGAUACAAAGCCUAAAUGUGAUAGAAAUGGUGAAGAAAAUAAAAGCUCAUCAUGUCAGUAUCUGAAUCUAAACAUACUCUGUGUAUAUGUAAUAAAUGCAUUACUGAUUUGA